AUGGAGCUAGUGAAAGGGAAGAUGGUGGCAGAUGAGGAUAUGGUGCGGCUCAGCCGAACAGUCAGCAAUCCGCCCUGUGUUUGCGCUCGCGUCCCACUCCCACUCUCCCUCCCCUCCGUCGUAUGCGGCGGCAGCGGCCUCGGGCGCUCCUCCGACGACCCCCUCGUAACCACCGUCCGUACCCACCCAACCAAACCCGCAGAGCUCCACGGCAAGCCUCUCUCUCCUCGACCCGAACAGCCAGCCAUGGCGGCCGCACUUCUCGCCGCCGCCGCGCCCUCGCCUCUCCCGCCGGCACCUUGGAGACGGAGGCCUCUCCUCGCGGCUCCGCCGCCCGCUCUCCGCUGCCUCAGGGCUCCCCCAUCCGAUCCUCCCGCAAUCCCGCCGCCUCCCCGCAAAGCCCUCGCUCCCGUCGCGCGCGCCGUGGCGCCGGCGCGAGGCGGGGCUGAGGCGACGGAAGAGCCAGGCCAGGCGCCCCGCGACUGGGGCGCGCUCGCGGGGCGGCUGGCGGUGGGCGCGCUCCUGGGAUCCGCCGCCCUGCUCGGCUGCCGCGGCGCGGCGCUCGCGGCCGCCGAGGACUCCAUCAAGGCGUCCGGGUUCGGGCUGCGGGUGGCGGCGUCGCUGCGGAGCCUCGGCUGGCCCGACGACGCCGUCGUCUUCACGCUGGCCACGUUACCGGUGCUCGAGCUGCGAGGAGCAAUUCCGGCCGGGUACUGGAUGCGCCUGCACCCCGUCCGGCUGACCGUCCUGGCAGUUUUGGGGAACAUGGUGCCUGUGCCAUUCAUCAUCCUCUACCUGAAGAAACUCGCAACUUUCCUCUCGCAAAGAAGCGCUUGGGCGACCCAGAUAAUGGACAUCCUCUUCGAGCGGGCGCGGCGGAAGGCUGCGCCCGUCGAGGAGUUCCAGUGGCUCGGACUGAUGCUGUUCGUCGCCGUCCCGUUCCCAGGCACCGGAGCAUGGACCGGCGCCAUCAUCGCGUCCGUCCUGGGCAUGCCCUUCUGGUCAGGCUUGUCCGCAAACUUUGUGGGAGUCGUCCUGGCAGGGUUGCUGGUAAACUUGCUGAUGAACCUCGGUCUCAAGUACGCCAUUGGCACUGGGGUGCUCCUCUUCGUUGUAUCAACUGUCAUGUGGGGUGCCCUCCGGGGUAUCAAGAAAUCGCUGAAUACGUGAUGAUGCUUUGGGUGAAUCCACGCCCAAGUGUUGUUCGGUGCGUUUUGCGUGUAAUAACCCUCGCGAGGCGUGUUUGAUUAGUUGCAAAGGCCGUUUCUGCUUUCCCUGCGUUGGUAGUCUUUUGCAGAUGUUGGUCAAAGAUUCAGAGUAACUGGGACGUUGUUGUUUGCACUGCAUUCCUUGGCUUUGUAAUUAACAAGAGUAGAUAGCUAGUAGAGAUCCAAAUCAUAAGAUGGUUGGCAAGAUGGAAGUUUGUAACUAGCUAGAAUUUCAUGUCUUUGAGGUGAGUACAGGAUGGAAGUUUGAGUGCCGUGUGAUAGUAGAGAUCCAUGGUAUGAAGGCACGUACAAUUGGGAUAUACAGUGGAGUGGUUGGUAACAAGGUUUGAUAA